AUGAAUUAAUAUUAGAUUAGAACUGAAGCUGGUCUUAGUAUUGAAAAUGCUUAAAAUGUUAUUAUAGAUGAGCUUAAUAUUAAAAACUGCUCCUAUGAAAACUAGAAUAACACAGGUCUUUCUGGAUUAAUUAUGUUUAAUAACAUCUCAAAUAUUUAUAUUAAUACUUUAAACAUUGAAAAUGUUUAAUCUUUAGGUUAAAUUAUUUAAAUUUUCUCUAGCACUAAUGUGACAAUCAAUAAUUUAACCAUUUCAAAUUGCAAAUUAUCAGAGGCAUACGAAUCUAUUUUUAAUAGAGCUAGAAUUCUAAAUUUUACUAGUGUGGGAGUAUUAAAGGCAGAAAACUAUUAUAAUGAUGAUGAUGCUACUUUAUCUUACAAUAAUUAAAUUGAUUUUAAUUUCUUAAAUAUGACAAAUAUUAAUAGCAAUCAGGACUUUAAUUCAAGUAGCACUCUGAUUUAUAUAUAAACGAUAAAUUCUAACUUUAAAAACUUGUAUUGUUAAUAAUUAAUACUAAACAACGCAUUUAUAACUAUUUAAUCAAUCAACUAAACAUAAAUAACUAAUUCUAAAUUUACAAAUUUUAAUUUCAUGAAUUAAAAUUUUGGAGGUAUUUUAAAUUUAUCUGGCAAAAAUUUUGUUUUAGAAAAUGUGGUAUUUUAAGAUUGUUUAUCUCUAGGUGUUUCUAAUGCUAUAAAUAUAAUUUAAAGUUCUUAUUUAUUGGUUGAAAAUAGUAAAUUUAUAGAUUUAAAUUGCUUUCAAAGCACAAUAAAUUCAAAUUAGUGUUAGUCUGGAGCUGUGUAUCUUAGUUAGGUUGGACUGGCAUAAUUUAAAGAUAGCUUAUUUAAAAAUUGUUCUUCUUCAUCGUUUGGAGGGGCUUUAUAUGCAAAUAACUUUAAUAUGCAAGGAUCUAUUUCUUUGAUAUAAUGUGUAUUUUAGAAAUGCUAAUCUUUGUAUAAAUCAGGAGGUGCUCUUUAUGUUUAAAAUACAUAGAAUUUUACUAUUGUCUCAAGUAUUCUUUUGUUGAAUAAAGCUCAGUCUGAAAGAGGAGGAGCAAUAGCAAUUUAAGCUACAAAACUUUAUGUUUUAUAAGCAACAAUAUUCUAAGAUAAUUAUGCUUAAGUUGGAGGAUCUAUUUGGUAUGACUAAUAAAGCAGCAUUCAAAUAACCAAAGAGAGUAAAUUUGUACAAAAUAAUGCAAAUUGCUAUGGAAAAAAUAUAGGGUCCUAUCCUCGUUCUAUAAAAAGGGUAGAUUCAUAAAAUUUAGUAAUAGAAAAUAAUGUGAUUUCAUAGAUUUCAAGUGGAAACUAACUACCAUAUAAAUACUAUUUUAAUUUAUUUGAUGAAGAGAAUAAUCCAAUAAAAUGCUUUAAUAUAAAUAAUUAGCAUAAUAAUCCAUCACCUGAUUUAAUUAAAGAAUUUGAUGUCUACAAUUUGUAAAUAGACCUUAAAAGCAAUACAGAAAUAGGCAUUAAAUAAGAGCAAGUUUUAAUAAAAAAUAAUAUUUUAUAAUUGUUUGAAUUCAAUCCAAUUCUGAUUUAUAAGGGUUCUUAAACUCAAUUAAUAAAUAUCGUUUCUAAUAAUUUUCUAACUACUGAUUAAAACAAUGGUCCUUUAAAUAUAUAACUAUAACUGAAUUUCAGAGAUUGCUAAAGAGGUGAGAUAAUCUAAGUUCAAAAUGAAUUUAUCACUUGUUAUGAAUGCCCACAAGAUAGAUACUCUAUAAUAAUACCUAAUAUGAUCACUGAUAAGAAUUAACUUUAAUGCUAAAAGUGUCCUACACAAGCCUAAAAUUGCAGCGGAAGUAACAUUAUUCUUAAGGAUGGAUAUUGGAGAUCAAAUAGGUAUUCUGAUAAUAUCUAUUCAUGCAAUUCAUUAGGGUGUAAAGAAGAUAACAUAAAUAGCAAAUUUGGGUGUUCAAUAGGUUAUGUUGGACCUCUUUGUGAUAGCUGUGAUAGUAAGGCAGAUAUUUGGCAUGAAAUAUACAGCCGAGAUAGCAACUAAAAGUGCAAGACUUGCAAAUCUCUAUCCUUUCAAUAUUUUUACUUUGUUGUAGUCUUUAUUUGCUAUGUUUUCUACAUCACCUAUAGCAUCAAUAAUUAAUUUGAUAAGAAAAUUUUACUUUUUAUUUUAGACACUUUAACGAAGUUGAAUAUUUUAAUCACAAGCAAAACACGCGCUCAUUCCAAUGAUGGCUUUCUUAAAAUAAAAAUAUUUAUUAACUACUUUUAGAUUCUCUAAAUAUUUUUUGUUUUUAUUAGAGUUCCCAUUUAAUUCUAGUAUUUUAUUGAUGCUUUUGGUCAUCCUGUUAAGAUGACAAUAUCAAGUUUUGAUUGCUUUUUGAAAAUGAAUGACAAAUUCCCUUUAUGGCCCUCCUUGUCUAAACUAAUAAUCUCAGGGCUUUUUUGCUAAGAAAUAGAAUAAAAAUACUAUUUAAUAUCAUAACUUGAUUAUGAGUGUUAUACUGAUUAUCAUAUUGCUUAUAUUUCUGCUCUUUUAAUUCCAUUAAUUAUUGUUUGGUGCUUAUUGAUUCCUUUUUAUUACUAUAAAAAACUUAAAAGUUUCUAAAACUCAGAUAAAAAAAAAGAUGAUUAUCUUUAAGUUUUAAUUUAUGGAGUUUUAUUUAAAAGCUACAAAGUGGAUUAUUCUUAUUGGGAAAUAAGAAACAAAGAACAAACUUUUAUUAGAUCUACAAACGUUACAAAUAUCAGCUACCCUAAAUAGAUCCCAUUUUUAAAGAAAUAAAUAAGUCAUCAAGAAAGAUUUAGCAUUGACCAUAAAAACAGUUUUGAUUUCUAUUCUAAUAAUUAGGAAGAUAUAAAAAGCAAUAAUAGUCCUUAGUUACUUAUUAACGAUUAGCAACAAUUUAUAUUCGAUUCAACCUUAAUUCAAGAAAGCGAUCAAUAAGUCUGUCUGCCCUAGCCUUUCAAAAGGAGCUUUUUCUGUGACAAAAACUAUUCCCCAACGAAAUUUUUUUAACCAAAAUGA